AUGGUCUGGAAACCGCUAUCGGAGCCGACACCCAGUCUGCGACUCAGCAAGGGCAAGGACGAAAGUAAGGGCAAGAGGCAGAGCAAGGGCAAGGGCGAAAGUAAAGCUAAGGCUGAAAGGAAAGGAAAAGGCAAGGGCAAAGGCAAGGGCGAGGGUCUAAGCCAGGGCAAUCGGGGCAAGCGUAAAGGUGGUAUCACUACCGAUCCCUGUCCCGGCGCCCAAGAGACAGACACCGAUGACGAAGACGAUGAGGAGGAGGAGGAGGAGGAAGGAGAAGGAGUGCACCAGAAGAUCACCUGGAAGUAUUGCUACACUGUCAUCGAAGACAUCCCACAAGUAGGACAAGUGCCUCGAGACGCCGAGUCCGGCAUUCAAACCAGCACAAUCAAAGAAUCGACAAGAGUUUGA